CUUACAAUGACCGGAGUAGCUGAAAUUAGCAAGAACAAGUGCACUUAGAAAUUUCAUGCUGAUUCUAGUCAUUUUCAAGUGCGCGAGUAACACCGAACGAGAUCCCCCUGGCGUCAGUCUCAGGACGUUGCUCAAAGGAAGAAUUAAUGGAUUCCCGAAUGCUCAGUGUGGACGGAAACGAUAACGCGGCGCACAGGAAUGAAGAGUUUAUUGUAUUUAGUCCAGUAAAUGAUGGAAUGGAAUAAUACUAAAUUUUUAAAACUACUG